GAGAGGGGCAGGGGCGUAUCUACCUGGUGGUGUUACCUGUGGAUCUACGGCGGGGACUCGCAGGGGUGGAUUGGGACGCAAGAACUUCGGGUCGGUCCCCGUUUAGCCGGUCCCGACUCCCCCUCUGUGGCCUUCACUAACUCCUUUGCCUGGCUGGCUGCCGCGAUCGGGGGUCAGCUCCGAUCGGGCAGCGUUGGGAAAUAGCUUCUGCGCAUGUGCAGAAGUUAAAUGGGCUCAGCUGCGCUGCUUUCCCUCCCUCGCUCCUCACAGGACAGGGGUCCCCACCGCUGUCGGCUGCCGCUUCCUCUGUGUCCCGGGCUGCGUCGCACACUACACAAGUCUAACCAGCGUUGCAGCCCAGGCUCAGAGUCUGGCUGCGCUGGCUGUAAAAAAGUAGAGGCAGCAGCCUUUGGGACAGUAGUGCAGCCAGCUGAUCAGUGACCCACCACGCUGAACACGCUCAUGGCCUCAGCUGUUCCUGGCUCCUGUCAUAUUCUUCUCUCUGCCGGCUCUACCUCCUGCACUCUUUAUUGGCCCUUGAGAAAUAACUAACAGAAGGAACCUGCCAUCUUGGAAGAACUGCCCCCAGCCACAUCCAACCAAAGUCCACCUCACAUAACUUCCAUCAUCCAGUGGGCUGCAGAGGGCUGGCGCUGGGCUGCUGUGUAACUGGAGCAGGCUGGCUGCUGAGCACACUUGUACAGGCAGGGAGAGAACAGGAGCUGUGUUACUUAUAGAUGGGAACAUAGGGAAAAGGCUGGAAGAAUGAACCUGAAGGUCUGCUCCGUCCUCCAGCUUCUCCUCCUGUGUAAGGUGGUGGUCUCAGUCAACUUCAGCUACCACCGCUACACUGAGCUCAUCCAAGCCCUGUAUGAUGUGCACAACGCCUGCCCUUAUAUCACCAGGAUAUACAGCAUUGGGAAGAGCCAUCAGCAGAGGAACCUAUACGUGAUCGAGUUCAGUGACCACCCUGCCAAACACGAGCUGCUGGAGCCGGAAUUUAAGUAUGUCGCAAACAUGCAUGGCAACGAAAUCCUGGGAAGGGAGCUUCUUAUCCAGCUUUCCGAGUUCCUGUGUGAGGAGUAUCGCAACGGCAACGAAAGGAUAAUCAAACUUAUUCAUAACACGAGGAUACAUAUCAUGCCAUCUAUGAAUCCAGAUGGAUAUGAAGUCGCUGCAGAGCAGGGUCCAGAUACAAAUGGAUAUCUGACUGGGAGAAAUAACUUCAAUGACGUAGAUCUGAACCGAAACUUCCCUGAUCUCAAUUUACUGAUGUACCACAAUGAGAAGCAUGGGGGACCCACCGACCACCUACCCCUUCCUGACAACUGGAAGUACUCGGCGGAGCCAGAGACAAUCGCCACAAUCACGUGGAUGCAGAAUUACAAUUUUGUCCUGUCCGCCAAUCUUCACGGUGGAGCUGUUGUAGCCAAUUAUCCCUUUGAUAAAACAAAAGAAUUUCGGGGCAGAGGCUACCGCGGCACGGCUAGCUACACCGCCACGGCUGACGACAAACUGUUUAAAGCGCUGGCAUUAUCAUACUCCUAUGCUCAUGGCUGGAUGCACUUUGGGUGGAACUGUGGAGAUUACUUUCCCAAUGGAAUAACUAAUGGAGCUUCCUGGUAUUCCCUCUCUAAAGGAAUGCAGGACUUUAACUACCUACAUAAAAACUGCUUUGAAAUAACACUGGAACUGAGCUGCCAAAAGUUUCCACGUGAGGAAGAUCUGGAGAGAGAGUGGUACGGAAACCGCGAGGCUCUGAUCACGUUCCUAGAACAGGUUCACAAAGGUAUUAAAGGAAUGGUGACCGAUGAAAAUAAUAAUGGUAUAGCUGAUGCAGUGAUCUCAGUUGACGGCAUUAAUCAUAACAUUAGGUCUGGUGAAGGAGGGGAUUAUUUUCGUUUAUUAUUACCAGAUACGUACAUUGUAACUGCAUCGGCGCAUGGUUAUUAUCCAAAGACCUCAACGGUAACCGUGGGCCCAGACGCAGCCACAGUGCUUAAUUUUGAGUUGAAAAAAGAAAAAUCAGCAUCAAGUUCUAAGGAAAAAACAUCAACCGUGUCAAAGGAGAAAGCGUCAUCGGGUUCAAGGGAAAAGUUGUCUUCCAGAAAUCUGAACUCCAAGAACCAAAUAAAGAAGGUGGUUCCCAGGGCGGCAGACAGGAGAAGGAAGGGGAGAUGAACGCAUCAGGCGGUUAUUACUGUGGGUCACAAGGCUGUCACCCUAAUCAGGACACACAUCUUAUAAUUCCGUAACUCGAAAGGACUCAACGAGCCAGUAGAUAAAAUUAAUAUGUAUGAAAGAGAAAACUAUAUAUUAUCACGCAUUGUUAAAGUAUGUUGUUAAAUGUUGUGUAUUUAAGUCAAAAGAAAUAUAAAAAAAUUAUAUUAUUA